AUGACGUCGAUGGACUCGGAGUCGGCGACUACCAUCCUCUGCACAUCCAAGCAGACGCGCUUCGACAUACAAUCACCCAACUACCGCGAGCUCGACGUCGAGGGCUUGCAAAUCACCAUAGCCGCGGCCAAGCCUGCCGAUGGCAAAGCCACCAAAUCCAGGGGCAAGGCCAAGACAGAUGGACUGGAAAUCCUCAGCAACGCAAAGCUCCGUCUCAAAGAAGGCCAGCGAUAUGCCCUCGUGGGACCGCUGCUCAAGGCCAUUGCGGAGAAAUUGAUCCCUGGCAUUCCAGAGGAAACACGCAUCGCCAUUCUUCAGCAAACCAAGCUGACGGAUGAUGAGAAUCGCGCUCAGGACCAGGAUGCUAGCCAGACAGUCCUGCAGAGCGUCGUGGACAAGGCGACCUCCAAGUCUAAUGUCGAGCGGGAGGUCAAGGCACUGUCUACUGGCGUCGAAGCGACGGACCCUCACGCCCCUGUCCGUGCGCUGCGCAAGGUCAAGCAUGAGCGUCUCCAACAGAAGCUAUUCCGUCUAGACAAGGACGCUCGCCUCAGAAGCGGCGCCCGUGGCAUGGCGGUCAGAAAGACCCUCGUGGCGUUUGAAAAGGUCGUCGCUGAAUCUGACGGUCUCAUUGAGCAGCCUGGCGACGAGAUUUCGUCGGAGACGCUGCAAGCCGAGACGCAGGAGGCCGUCGACAUGCUCGCCGAUCUCCAGCUGCAGAUUGAGCCAACCCGACUGCUAGAGGUCGAGGCGCGAGCAAAGUCCAUCCUCACGGGCCUCGGGUUCACGGACGCGCGCAUGGACCAGCCCAUUGCCUCGCUGUCCGGAGGUUGGCACAUGCGCGCGUCCCUCGCCGCGUGCCUCCUCGCCGAGACGGACAUUCUCAUCCUAGACGAGCCGACCAACUUCCUCGACAUGCUGGGCAUCAUUUGGCUGCAGCGCUACAUCGAGGCCAUGGCGGACAGGCCCGACCCGCCGACCCUCGUCCUCGUGACCCACGACCGGGACUUUCACAAUCUGUGCACCGACCUCCUCAUCCUCAAGGACAAUGACAUUUCCUACUUCCACGGGACACUGCCGGUGUACGAGUCGUCCCAGGCCGAGAAGCGGGAGUAUCUCUUGAAGAUGCAGGCGGCGCAGGACAAGCAGCGUGCGCACAUGGAAAAGUCCAUUGCGGCCAACAAAUCAGCCGGCAAGGAGAACAAUGACCAGAACAAGCUGCGCCAGGCCAAGUCCCGGCAGAAGAAGCUCGACGACCGCAUGGGUCUGCAAGUGUCCGCCCGCGGCGGUCGCUUCAAGCUCAACCGCGACCACGUGGGCUUCCAGCUGUCCUCGCGCGCCGAAAUCGACAUCCCACCCGAGGCGCGCGGCGUGACCAUGCGUCUUCCAGAGCCCCAGGAGCUGCGGUUCCCGGGCAGUCUCAUCUCCCUCGAGAAGGCAGGAUAUCGCUACAAGCGCGGGGCGCCCCUGACAAUCCAGGAUAUCACGCUGGCGAUAGGUAUGGGUGACAGAAUUGGGAUCGUCGGUCUCAACGGCGCCGGCAAGUCGACGCUGAUCAAGCUGCUGGUGGAAGAAGCGAAGCCGACCGUUGGGUCCGUGACGACACAUCCGAGGCUGAAGAUGGGCUAUUACAGCCAACACGCCGUGGAGCAUCUACAGUCCCUCGGCCGUGCGGACCCAACGCUCACUGCGUUGUCGUUACUCACAAAGGAGAUUGACGGCGCGCUGGACGAGGGUUCGACCAGGGCGUUGCUGGGCGAGCUAGGUCUGGGAGGGCGCAUCGCAUCGGACGUGCCCUUGACUAAGCUCAGUGGUGGACAGCUCGUUCGGUGUGAGCUGGCACGGUUAUUCUGGAGGAGGCCCCAUGUGCUAGUCCUGGACGAGGUCACGACACAUCUCGACUACGAGACGGUCACGGCCCUCCGUGAGGCGAUCCACGAGUGGGAGGGUGCCGUCGUCCUCGUCAGCCACGACCGAUGGUUCAUGCGCGGUGCCAUUGAGGGCACCAUGGACGACGAGGGUGAGGGCAUGGAGGACAGCGAUGACGAUGAUGAGAAGGAAUUGGCCAGGCGGAGGGCCGUGUACCGACUAAAGGGGGGUAAGAUGACCCUGUUGGAGAACGGGGUGGACGAGUUUGAGAGGAUCGUGGAGAAGCGAGUGAGCAAGCUCCUCGCCGACUAG